AUGAGUGGUCUGUUGGCACGAAAUUGGGGAGGCGUCAAUAAUCAGCCCGUCAGCCUGUUUUAUGUGUGCAAAUGCACCUGCUUUACCACGAAUACAACGCUCGUGCCCAUUUUAUGGCCGAAAGAUGGUCAAAACAUCUGCAGUACUUGUACAAAGGAGCUUUGCGUAGAACGUGCCGAAGGAUGUCGUGGCGCACAGAUCGUGGAAUCUAAUAGCGACACAGCUACAGGAUACGAGGGCCAAGUAUGGGCGAAAUGCUUCGUGCGUGAUCCAACAAAAGACCAAUCUAUUGUAUUUUUAUACCUGGUAUGCGUGCUCGCACUGCUGUUCUGGGCUUUGAUACGAAGCCAUUAUGGACAGGCAUUAUUAGGCCGUAUCCGUGAUCGUCUGCGUAGAUAG